GAUGUCUCAGCCCUCGGAUCAGCUGGGGGAGACUGAAUUCCAGAGCGUGUACCGCGUGGAAAGCAAUGACACCUGUGAUGAUGAUAGAAGCUAUCAUGUCUUUCCUGAUUUCGGUGCACUCCGUGCGGUAAUAAUUUCCGACCAGCCCAUCACCCACGUGCUGCAUAGGCGAAUCACUGAUGUGCUGUUCCAAUCUAUGAUGUCACUCAGCAUAACCCCCAGCAGGCGUUUCUACUCGAAAGUCGUUGGUCAGUUGCUCAUGCGCUGCCCCCGACUUGCUGAUGUCGUUGGAACCGGAGAGGGGUCAUGGGUUAUGUCCUUGAGGAUUAAAUUCAAAAAUGUCAGGCGCAAGGUAACUAACAAUGAGAAGGUGGAAAAUAACAGACGUCAGUUUGAUAAUGUGAAACGGGCUCGUUCACUGACCGAAGAUCAAGACCUGGAAAGGAAAAAGUCGAAGCUUACUGAUGUAUUUUUCUUGUUUUUUCGUAGUUUUGCUGACAUAUUUUUUGCUGCAUUUUGUCUGGAGAACUAAAGCCGGUCCCCUGCUGGACACGUUCUCAUUAUGGACGUUAAAGUAUGACUGAAGUAGGCUGUUUUUAGUGGACAAAUGCAAUGUAUAGUAGAUAAUCAUGCAUGCUGCAGUUAGGGAGCCAUCAUGAUCUGGGUCAGAGGACUCGUGCAUUUUUUACCAUGUUGUGUAAAUGAACCCGUGGAUGCAAUAAGGGGAUAAGUCGAAAAAUCCCAAACCGACGGGACUUCAACUAAAUAUUUGGUAAAGUAAUUGUAGCUGGGUUUCCCCGAAUAAUGCAAAUGCAAAACAUGUGGCAUAUAUAUAUGUAUACCCUGUACAUGCGUGUCCUGUUAACUUCGUUUUAGGGCGUGUGAUUUAGCAGAAACAGAACAAAAUACAGGAACAUAACUUAAUACCUUUACCAAUGUAAA